AAAAACAUAAACAAUUCUCACCUGAUCUUGAGGUUAAUUAUUUCGUCCGGACUUCUGUAAAUCGCCGUGGAUUUGUGCAUCGUUCGUGUGCGUGAGAGGUGAAAGUGGGCCCGACUGGCGUCAAUCACAACAAAUGACAUAAGUGAUAUGCAAGGUGCGGUGUCCGACAUUACUCAUCGAGAUGCCUGCGAAUCGCGUGGAGAACGGUACGGAGAUCCCGCUUCGGUUUAACGACGAUCACUGGAACCAGGUGUUCAAGCGGUAUGACACCGAUCACGACGGCUACAUCAGCAUUAGGGAGCUAAACGACCUGGUCGAGAGUAGGGAGUACGAGCACGACAUACCCUCGCAUGUCGUUGCCGAAAUUCACAGACGAGCAGAUCGGAACGAUGACGGAAAGUUGGAUCUGCGAGAGUUCAUCGAGAUGAUUCAUCAUCCGACAUUACAGCCAAUAUUUGGACAUCUGAUCAGUAGGUACGUCCACUUUGUCGUACCUCAAGGUGGCCGAGAUCGCAGUCAGCCCGACGGGCAGUAUGAAGACGAGUACACCUGUUGCCCACCCCCCGUGGGCAUGAUAUUAAUCUCGCUCAUCGAGCUAGUAUUGUUCGUGGUCGAUCUGGCGCAAGGUUCACAAUAUUCAGUGACAGGUCCGGUAGCACACGUAUUAAUUUACGACCCCUCUAGGCGGUACGAGGCCUGGAGGUACAUAACGUACAUGUUCGUGCACAUCGGGUACCUGCACUUAACCGUUAACUUGUGCGUACAAAUACUACUGGGCACACCGCUGGAAAUGGUGCACAGAUGGUGGCGGGUCUUAAUAAUCUAUUUCGCUGGUGUUGCCGCCGGUUCCCUAGGCACUUCCAUUACUGAUCCUACCGUGAAGUUGGCCGGGGCGAGCGGCGGGGUCUACGCCCUCAUUACCGCUCACAUUUCCACGAUAAUUAUGAACUGGAGAGAGAUGGAAUACCCGAUCCUGCAGCUCGCCAUUUUCGUCAUAAUAACGGCGUGCGACGUCGGCACGGCGAUUUACGAUCGGUACGUUCGCGAUAUUAACGAGCACAUCGGUUACGCCGCCCACUUGGCGGGCGCGAUCGCCGGACUGCUAGUCGGAAUAAAUAUCCUGAGAAACAUCCGGGUCACUCGCAAGGAGCGAGUUAUAUGGUGGAUUUCGAUUGUCACCUAUUGCACGUUGAUGGCGGUUGCGAUUAUUUGGAACGCGGCGUUUCCCAGCUACUUCCCGCGGCAGAAUUUUAAUAGUUUAUAAUAAGGGAGUUUAAUGGGUUGCUAUUUUUAUGUGCUGUAAUUGUAAGACCAACUAUGUGCCUGAAGGUAAUGUGUCUUGUCUAAUUUGCAGGUGUUGCUAUUUAUUUUUGACAAUAUAUCUAUGUUAUGGAUAA